CCCCACGGAGCCGGUGCAGUACCGCACCGUUCCCAUCACCGCGGCGGCGGGCGUGCGGGCCGCGCAAGACACCGAAAUGGCAGCAGCGAGGCGGACCGUGGAGACCGCCAUGUCGUACGGCACAAGGGGGCGCCAUAUUGUACGGAGCCGGGAGCAGCCGUUGUACGGCGCCAACGUGUCGUCACGGGCGCGGGGCGGGCGGUUGGAUUUGAACGGGGCGGCGGCGGCCGGGGAGCGGGAGCCGGGGCCAGGGACCCGGAAACCGGGAUUCGGGAGCGAGGGGCCCCGAGCGGGAGGAAAAGCAUAUCCUUCAGCAAUGGACAAGAUUUACACAGACCCUAACAUGGAAAUGGAUAACACAGAGCACAUCAGAAGGAAGCGACUGUCCUCUAUUUUAAAGGCUCCACGAAAUCCUCUGGAUGAUUUGGGAAAUGGGAAUGAAAUGACAGAGGACAUCCACAUAGAGAGACGCAGGAGGAGCUCACGCAGGGUCAGCUUCGCCAGCACCAUCAACUGCAGAGUCUUCCAGCGAGAUCUUAAGAACAGCACAUCAGAGACAGAAAAUACAGGGUGUUCAGCAGAUGAGAAGGAUGAUACCUUGACUAAUCAGAAUGAAGACCCUGGGGCUGUUCCAUGUGAGAUCACUGGGAUGAAUACUUUGCUUCAUGCCCCCAUCCAGGCCUUGGGGCAGCAGACUGAGUGGCAUGACGUGCACCACACCGAUCCAAGGACAGACAGGCAGGACACCACCCUCCUCUUCUCGGAGGAGAAUGAGAUGGAGAUGACAGCCAGUCACACAGCUGUGAUCUCACGGAACCUCAGAGCCCACCAGCCCGACAGAGCCGAGAAAAUAGACUUCACCUCCUUCCUGGCUAAGUUAAACUCCAGCCAGGGGAAGGCAGAAACCAGCAAGGAAUUGAGUUUGCUGUCUGACUCCACAAACCAUCCGGGCCCAUCUUUGGAACAGAAGGAAGAAGCCACUACUGUGAAAAAAAUAGAUUUCAAUGAAUUUCUGCUGAGACUGAAGUCAAACAAUCCUGCUGAGAGACCUGACAAGGACAGUGUUUGCUGUGUCCCUUCCCAAGGCUCGGGAGACGUGACACAACUGUCUGGGGAAUUUGGCUAUUCCCAUGAGCCGCUGGACACCUGCAAUGUGACAAGAGUGUUUCGAGGCCGAGAAGGUGGGAUGGAGAUGACAAAAUGUGAGGCAGCUGAUGUCAAAAUUCCAUUCCCUGGUGUCAGUGAGGUUCCAGGAGAGCAGUGGGAGUGUGGGGAUGUUACUGAGAUGUUUGCAGACAAGGGCAUGGACGUGACAACCAGUCACACUGCGAAAGUGUCCUUUGCCCUCUCCACUGUCAGGAACCAAAGUCUCAACUUCCAAAAGGAUUUCCCACCCACAGAGUUAGAUAAUUCUGAGUUCAGGAGAGUAUCUUAUCAUUACUUAAAUGUUCAGCAGGACACUCAGUUUUGUGCAGACAGAAAAACAGCAAGUGCUGAAGGCAGAGGAGACUCCCUGGUGCUGCAAGCUGGGAAACAGGAGGCCAGGGCAUUGUCUGCCAUCCAGGGAUCUGUUUCGUCUGAGACCAUCUUCCGAGGGGACAAAACUGUUGUGUUUUCCAAGUGUGAUGACAUGGAAAUGACUGGGAAUUACACAGACAUCAUCUAUGAAGCCAGCAGCACAGAACAGAACAGUUCAUGCCAUAAAACCUGUGAAAAGCCAGUGAGUACCAACCCUCCACUGGCAGGGAGCAGAUCCCUGGCAUGUGGCAACAUCCCAAAGGGUCUGGCACCUGGAGAUAAUCCUGCUGUUGGGCCCUAUGAAAACAGUGCACUUGAACUGCCUUCAGCCUCAGGUGGACACAUGGAAAAUGUGUCUCAAGCUUGUGGUCCUGCUGCAGCCAGCACUGGGUUUGGCUCAUAUACACAUUUUGUGGCUGGUGGUGCUCUGAAGAGCAUGUUUGAUCCCUCUGCAAACCCCCAGCUUGUUUUUUCAGGUGAGAAGACAGUGAUAUUUGCAGGAGAAGACAUGGACUUGGGUAAAAGCUGUGUUAAGGAUGGUGGAGAGAAUGUUGACAAUGAACAUCCCACAGCAGUGUUCACCUCCGUCACCUGCAAACCUCAUUUCCUGGGUAACAGAUCCAUGUCUUCCAAUGUAACUGAGCAGGAAGAAAUGGAAAUAACAAGAUGCCACACUGUUUUCUUUGAUGGUCAAAGCAGUGGGAUAGCAGCAGAGCCAAAACAAAUGCCCUGUAAAAUCAUUUCAAGAAAGAACCAGAACAAAAAUGUCACUGAGGGUGACAUAUCUGCAUAUUCUGUAGAUAUGGACAAAGAAAAUGUUGAAGUGAGGAGUAUUGAUAGGAGUAUUAAAAAGAGCCAGGCUAUGGAGAGGAAUGCUCAAGCUCUUCAGGUGAUAAUGAUUGAUAAGAAGCUUGGAAAAACCAACUUCCAGGCAAGUGGUCUGAGUUCCUGUGCCAAGAGCAUGUGUCUGUUACAAGAGCAAAACAAAGAAUCCCCCGAGAGUGUUGUCACUAACACCGGUGCAUCCCUGUCUUUGCAAAGCCAAGAAGUUGUAUCACAUCCUCUGGGGAAAAACCCUGCAAGCUUCUCAGAUUUCUGCACAAAUGACACAACAGGCGUGUUUUUAGGUGAUCAAAGCAUGGACAUAACCAAAGCUCAUCCUGCUGCCUUUGAGAUUGCUCCUAUUAACAUGGAGCAAGAAUCCAAUAAUUAUAAUCAAAACACUGCACUAUCCAAGCAGCUGCAAAACCAGCCCUUCCUAUUUUCCAGUGGUCAUGGUGUGGGUAUCAUGAGUCAAACUGCAGCAAUGGAAUGUGGGGACUUUAAAAUGAAUACCAAUAAGCAAAUCGUUACUGCUUUGGCUCCAAGCGGUUCAUUUACUUUCAGUAACAAUCCUGCUCCCUCUGGAAUGAGAGGAAAUGAACAGUUUGGGACAGUAAUAGGAAUAAAUGCAGAUGGCCAAAACUCAGAGAGGCAAGAGAAACCCCAGCCUAUGAGGGCAGUAAGCAAAGUAUUGCCAACCCGAGGAGACUCUGUCAGACAUUUUUCCAUGGGUAAAACAGGUUCUUCAAGAGAGGAUUUAAAAACUCCUCCCUCAGCGCAUGGGCUGCUCCAGAGGGGUGAAGAAGAACCAGUGUGGGCCAGGACAUCUGAGGCAGCCAAGGAAAGUUCCCAGUUGUCUGUCUUUGGAGAAAAGUCUGUUGUGUUUCCCCACGGUGAAAACAUGGACAUGACUGGCAGGUGUGUGGUGAUGGAUCCAGAUUACAGCUUCAGCGUUUUGUCACAAAACAAAGCAGCACCUGGAUGCUUUGGUCAAGGUGGAAAUGAAACAAUGUCCUUGGAAAAAGGGGUCACGACAACAAUGCCAGCAGAGUGGGGUGGGCAGGAGGCUGCACAUGGCAGAACCAUCAGUUUUGCUCCGGCUGAGGAUAUGGAAAUCACCACAACUCACACAGCAUGGCACAGACAGCCCAUCCCAGCCAUUCCUGCUGACAAAACCAUUGUGUUUGCCCACAACCCGGAGGACAUGGACAUCACUGCAUCCCACACUGUUGCUGUCAGUAAGAGCACCUGUGGGUUUGAGGCCCAGCAGGUGCCCCACACAAACCCCCAGCAGCCACCACAGCACAUGCACGGUGGGUUGGUGCCCUGCAGAGAUGAAAUGGAUUCCUCACAAUAUGCCACAAAACCUAAGGAUAAGCCCAGCAUUCCCUCUUCUGCCUCACCAGACUCAGCAUUUCCUAGUGAGAAAGGAGUUACCCAGGUCCCCAGUGGCACAACACCACAUUUCAUUUAUUCUGCCCCCCUUCAAGAAAGUACUACAGAUGUGGGGGCACCACAGGAUCAUGGCCUUCCCACAGAUAAUUCUGUCCCUGUCAGCAGGGAGCAGGAUCUCACACCACCAGAAAAACUGCAAUCAGAGGGACUAUCUUUCGAGUUCCCAAGUAAGGGCCCUGUGAAUCACAGGGAAGAAAGUGGCAGUUUGGGAUCCUGUGUUGCCUUUCCCAUGCAGGGAUCAGAUCCUUGGAAGGGUCAUCCAGAUGCCCCUGGUACUCAGAGAAACCAACUAGAGGAAGAGGAUUCAUCUCAGCCUGGAGAUUCAGAUUUGGGCUUGGCUGGAGCAAACCUCAUUCCAGCUGCUAACAAGGAAUCCAAGAAAAAUGAGGAGCUGUCAGCUGAAGGGGAGGCACCUCCAAAAGACUUCCAAAUAAGCUCUGAACAAGCUAGGCAGCCUUGGGUCAGUGACAGUUCAGGGGAUCAGACACAAGCCACUCUUCCACCAGCAGCUUCAGGUAUCAUAGGUGUUUGUUCAAAACUGAUGAGUUUGACAAGGAAAUCUGUUUCUGUUUCCAAAACUGCUUCUUCUGACCAGUUGCCCAGUUCCUCAGCUCAGCCAGAGGAUACUCUGAGGUUGGGAAAAAACACUGUCAGUGAAGCAAAUAACUUCUUUGAGCCCAAAAAGCAGGAGAACUCAGGUGUGGAAUCUGGAGCUGAUCCCAUAGGAAUGGUGCCUAAGGAUAAAUAUCCAGGAAUAAAUAUCCCUCUGGGUAUAUUCCAGCCUAAAUUACCAAACAAGAGAAAUCGUGUUUCCAGUGCACAGGAUAUAAAUACGAAAUCAGACAGUGUAGAAGCCCAAGUUCCAGCAAACACCAGUGAAACCCCAGCUAACAAGUCCAGCAGGCAGAACUUCAGUCCUUUUCAGUUCAUAGCAGAAGAAUUUCUCCCUGUGUGCCUGGAGGAAAUGGAUUCCAAUGAAUCUGUCAGCUCUGAACUCAUGGAAAACGCUUGGGAUGAUAAAAAUAAAAAACAAAUCCCCCACUCUGAAAAGGAUCCAUUUGAAGAGACAAAAACUUGCAACAUGAAAAGAGCUUUAGGACAAACUGAGGAGGAUUCUCAAAGCCCAAAGAAGGCCAAGAGAGAUCAACUUGUGGAUGCUGGGGCCUCUCAAGACUUGGAGGUGAUUUUUGGUGUUGUGCCUCAGGACCAAGAAAAAGCUGAUGAAGCUGGAGAACCUCCAAAUCUCUCAGCUAAAAGCCCUGGGUGUCCUCAUGCCAGCACCAGCAGCUCCCUGGAUUCUGUGAAGGCUGACAUAGAGUCAACAGUCCAGCGCAGCAGUCAGGUGGAAUCCCAGCUUCUCACGGACAGCAUUUGUGAAGAAAAUUUAUGGGAGAAAUUUCAGAGUGGUGCUAUCACGGUUGGGGAGUUUUUUACUCUUCUUCAAGUCCAUGUUGUGAUUCAGAAGCCCCGGCACAGCCAGCUUCCAGCCAGUUGUGCAGUCAGUGCACCUCCCACUGCAGAAGAUCUCAUCUACAGCCAGUACGUUCACCGGCCCAAGCUGAGGAUUUACGAGGAGGAUUGCCAGGACCUGUCUCGGAAAAUAGUGGAGUUAAAACCACAUGUGACUGUCCUGGAUCAGCCCCUGGUGAACGUGAUCAGGAGUUUGUGGGAAGUAAUGAGAACCUGCACUGAUGAAGAGUUGAGUAAGUUUGGAGCAGAACUGAACAAGAUGAAAUCCUGUUUCACCAAGGAGGCUAAAAUCUUGUCUCACAAUGAAAAGGAGGCAUUGUACAGGAAACUGCUGCAGAGUGCUGAGGAGCAAUGCAGAAAGCUCCAAUCAAGGAUGGAAAAGGUGGAUGAAUGGAUGAAGGAGGCAGAGAGCUCCGUGGUUGCUCUGGAAUCAGAUUCUUUUUGGGAUGAAGAGGAAGCUGGCUGCAGUGCUGGAACAGCAGGAGGGCAGAACAUACAGAAAGAAUUGCAAAGCAUCACAGCCCAAGAAGAGGAACUUCUGAGAGAACUGUCAGAGAUGGAUGCUGAGGAUGAGCUUGAUUUGGCUGAGAUGGAGAAGCUCAAGAACACUGAAAUGGCCUGCCUGGAAAUCCUGAAGAAAUACGACUUCACUGAGUGGGAGUUGAUGGAAUGGAGUGAGCAGCAAGCUGUCUUUAAUUUUCUUUAUGAUUCUGUGACGCUCACAGUUGUGUUUGGACCCCCAAUAGAUGAUGAGUUUUUUGCUGCACGUCCUUCCAGAAGCAUCGUUAGCCUGGACUUUGAAUCUUUCCUGGAUGAGGAACAAGCUCCACCCUCCUCAUGUUUAGUCCAAAAACUCAUCUUCCAGUUUAUUGAAAGUCGGGGAUGCUGGCAGAAAAAGUAUCCCAAACUAUGCUACUUGCCCCAGGCUCUCUUUGACAUCUCGUUGGUGGUGAAUCGCUGCAAAAUCUUGGGAGAGGAGUUGGAAUUUCUGCAGAGGUGGGGUGCAAAAUUCCAGCUCCUGGAGACAGAUAUCAAGGACACAGAGGUGAAGCUUCUGUUCUCCUCUUCAGUGGCUUUUGCAAAGUUUGAGUUGACUCUGGCUCUCUCUCAUGAUUACCCAUCUGCUGUACUUCCCUUCAGGGUCCAAACCCACAUUGGGAAUAUCGGGGAGAAGGAAAUUGCUGCUGUUCUCUGCAGAGUUCCAGCUGGUCACCACUAUCUGCAGAGAACAGUCAUCUCGAUCCAUCAGAAUCUGCUCCAGGGUCCCAGAUGAUCUGCUGGAUCCACAGGCAGGACUGAAGCAGUCAAAAAUGAGUAGUCUGCGAGUUUAGUCUUAUGAGAAUUCCAGCUGUGUCUCCCUGAAAUGGGAAUGCUGUCACCCACUCAGCUCUAGUAUUCCUGCCUAUUCAGUAUCCUUGUGGCUUAGACCAAGUAGAACACUUGGUGUAGGCCACAAGUUUUACAAAGGCAAGGGUGUCUAAAGAGGAGAAGAAGGAAAUUCCUGGAUCCCUUCUAAGUUCAAGGUGCCUUUUAUCUUCUGCCACUCACUGGUGGUCAUUCCUGGCACAGAUAGUCAUGGCUGGAUAGUCAUUCCAAGCAUGGAUAUUCUUCUGCCAUAGCCCAUUAAUUUUGUCAUUUACAGAGCUCUUGGACAAAACAAUGAUGAGUGUUCUCUAAAUUAUUACAACUGGAAUUUACCUUUGCUGUCAUUAUUUCACUACCACGUACAAUUUAACAGAUCCCACCACGUCUGGUGUUUAUCCAUUGCCUGGCACCCCUCCCAGGCCAGACACUAUAUCCCUGCAUCUGAUUAAUUAACCAAUUAAUCCGUAGCAAUUAACUCCAGUCACCAAAGUCAGAAAUAUUUUUGGAAUUAAGGCUAAAAAUCCCUGUGCUUGCCCACAGGCUUUGGGAUGCAACAGCCUCAAAGCCAUCACUGUGAUUCCCUGGCAGAAGUUAGUUCUGACAUUGUCCCAGUUUGGAAUGCCAUGGAAUUUUAGUGAGGAGACUCAACUCCUUAAACUUGGGAGUAUCUGUGAGCUCUAGCUUGAUUUUGUGUAUAAUUUUGUGUAUUAUGUGGGUCUUGCUGUUGGAACUGAUCUCACCCUGUGUUGCCGAGUCAAAGCACCAACCCUCGCUCAGCUCUCAGUUCUGCAGCUGCAAAUAUUUGUACCCUGUAAAAUAUGUUGAAUUUAAAAAUGUUUUCCUGUAUUUUAGAGUUUAUAUAUUUUUGUCUUUUUUACAAAGUUUGUGUUUGUUUGAAAAGUGGAAGUUUAAUAAAGAUUAGCUUUAUCACUU